GCCACGCAAAGCCGCUGAUACAUUGAAUGCAACGUGAUACAAAAUGUACAAGUACGCGCUAAUCACUCUAGCGUUUUUAAAUUUCGCCGCAUGCGAGGAGAGGCCGCAUAGAAGACAACAUGUCGAUCCUUUCGCGAUGAUCGAUCGUCACUUAACCCAAUCUCUCGCGUACCAUUACCUCUGGCCAUGGAGUCAACUAAUCCGAGCGGCCGCCGCGCUGGACAUGGAGGGAAAUAUUGAAGAUCCACAAAUAAUAUCAGACUCAGAUAAGUACCAGGUCAAUUUAGCCGUCAGAGGACUUAAGCCUGAGGAACUAAAGAUAAAAGUUAAGAACCGAUACAUCAUUGUCGAAGGAAAACACAAAGUGAAAGACAGCGAAAACCAGUUUAUGGCCAACCAUUUCGUGCAGCGGUUCGUUCUGCCGCCCGGUACGAAUCAGGAGGAAGUCACCGCUAUUUUCAAUAAGAAAGGCGUACUAUCGAUUACCGCACCAAAACACGAAGUACCCCCACCGCCACCAGAACGAGACGUGCCAAUAAAAGUCAAGGAAUCAGAAAAUAAGACCGAAACACCAGAGCAGGAUAAUACGAGCCAGAAUAUUAAAGAAACAAAUAUUCCAUCUGUUCAAACAUCAACAACACCAUUGGAACAAAUCGACAUGGAAGCAACGACACACGUUGGAAAAAUAAGGAAGAAAGAACUAAAAACAACAACGAAAACGACAAAAGAUAACGAGGUCACAAAGGGAAUCGAAGGGAACGGAUUGGAUUAUGCGUUAAUCGAAACCGAGGAGUGAAUGACAAAGGAAGUGAAUGAAAAAGACUGAUAGUAAGCUUUAAUGUGAGUGUGUUGACUUCGUUGCUCCCCAACAGCUGUGUUUCGUUUAUUAAAGUUGUUUGUUUAUUUAAUAAAAAUGUUAUUUAUUAAAAA